AUGAAAACUUGCCAACUGGUUACGGUACUUCUGAUGUUAGUGCCAUCUGUUUGGUCAAUUUCUGAUCGUCCUUGUGGAAAUGAUACAAGUAAUUUAUGGCUGGAUUUGGUGUUAGUUAUAGACAACUCUCAGCCCACCAACACUAUCUAUGAGACGAUUUCUGGAAUUUUCGGAGCACAAUCUCGAAUUGGGACUCAUUAUGAGGAUCCGAGAAGUUCCAGAGUGGCAAUUAUCACAUAUAAUAAUGAUGCCACUACAGUUGCACAAUUUCCAACUUUCAAAUCAUUGGAUCAGCUGAAAACUGAGUUAACAGUUCUAAAAAACGAUGGGACAUCUGGAAAUGAGUCUUAUUUGGAUACAGGCCUAUCCAGCGCCCAAGCGAUUUUAAAUAAAACCGAAGAUCGGAUGAAUUAUAAGAAAGUGGUUCUUGUUUUUGCUUCCACCUAUGACUUACUCUACGAUCGCCCUGACUACAUUGCUCAUGCGUUGAAGUCUAAUGGGGUUACUGUAAUUACUGUAUACACUGGAAAUGACAAAACGGUGAAGGGACAGUUGAAAAGUGUUGCUUCCGAUGGAUUUGCAUUCCAAAUGUCUGUGAAUACCACCACAGAUCUUCAGAAUGCGUUGACGAUGAUAAACUGCUUCUGUUUUGACUAUUGGACCUGGACUCAAUACAAUCAUUUUGGGACUUGUAUGUUGUAUCCAGGAGUCAAGGGAAACCAAAAAGCGGCUCGUAAAUAUUGCAAAUCGUUGGGUCUUCCAAGUAAUCUAGCCACUGAAUUCAAUGAAGACAAACGGAAGUUCAGCUACAAGUUUAUCAACUCCUUCGAUGAUGACUCGAUAAAUUCCUAUUGGAACGGAUUGAUCAGUGAAAAUUCUACGUGGUAUUGGGAUCAGCCAAAAGGAAAACCAUUGAUUCCGCUCGACCCAUCUUCCGGCUCGAUUAGCACCUCAACUGGAUGUGUGGCAGAUGUCAAGCACUCUGAUGGAUCUGUUGCAUGGACGCCAAUCAGCUGCUCUAACUCGUUCUAUUUCCUAUGUGAAGCCAAAGCUUGUGAUACUGAUAAUUAUUGUGAUUAA